AUGAAACAAAUGCUCGAUGAAGUGGAUGAUAGUGGAAGAGCGGUUUGGUCGAAGAAACUGGACGAUUUGAUUAGUAGCGAUUGGUCGGAGAAGGAAGUUGUUGAAAAUGACAAUGCAUAA